AGACUAAUGACAUUAACCAUUUUAAUUGUCAACACUGCGAUCAUGUUAAUCACUGCUUACCCUGUGAUCAUAAUUGUCUACAACAAUCCAACCAAUUUCCCAGGUAAUCCAAUGGUAGCAUUCAUUUGGCUGGUGGUUGAUUGUUGUGUCAAUCAAUUGGCUCUUGGGAUAAUUAUGUUUUCCCUUCUCUAUUUUGAUCUAAUCUGUUUGGUUAUUGGGAAUAAAUUUCGAUCCAUUGAGGAGAUAAUCGAUGAAGCAGCAUUACAAUGUAUUAAACGGCGAAAAGAACCAAAUAUAUUCACCUCAUUGACCUCACUGUUCAACAAUUAUCUCGAUAUAAACGAUAUUGUCACCGAUUCAGAUCACUUUUGGGGUAAAAUCUCCUUCUACAUAAUAUCCUCUCAUACGACACUUUUCCUCUUUGUCACCUAUUCCUUUAUCUAUGGUGAAACUCAUCCGAUUCUUAAAUAUCUCUUCAUCAUCAUCGGAUCUCACUCUUUGUUUGUCCUCUACAAAAUUUGUCAAUCAUGUUAUGAUGUUUCCUAUGCGUCAGCUAAACGUGGUUACGACAAUUUGUCCAAAAUUAAUGAAUUUGAAGCACCAAAAGUUGUUAUGAUGAAGAUUCUCGCUUUCAGACGUUAUAUGGAUUCUGAGACAAUUGGUUACUCAGGAAUCUAUACAAAGGUCACUUAUGAAACACUUUUCUCGUGGAUGUUUCUGGUUGCUUCGUUAUUCUUGAUUAUCAUGGACUUUGCAAAUGGUACAUUACCAACAGGAUUAAGUAUGAAAAAUGUUGAAUUUUGAAGGUGAUUCAAUUAAUUCAACUUACUAAUUA